AUGGUGGUCCCCCGAUGGCGUUUGCGGUUCAACGUGGUGGCGGCAGAAAUCAACGUAGUGGUGGAAGAGGCUAGCAGCAAGGUGGCCGCGGCCGUAGCAAUAACGGAGGAGGUAAUCCGGUCACAUGUCAAAUUUGUAGAAGGACCCGUCACGAAGAGGUUUCAUGUUACAAUCGAUGAUUAUUCUCGUUUCACAUGGCUUUUCCCUAUGAAAUUGAAGUAUGAUCUUUAUGCCAUAUUUGAUAAGUUUCGCAUACUUGUUGAAAGGCAAUUAGAUGUCCAUAAUGCAUUCUUGAAUGGUAAUCUUGCUGAAACUGUUUAUAUGAAGCAACCUCCUGGAUAUGUUGAUACUGAUUUUCCAUCUCAUGCCUGCUUGCUAAAGAGAUCUCUAUGUGGAUUAAAGCAGGCCCAUAAAGCCUGGUUUAAUCGUUUGCAUGCCUUUUUAUUAUCAGUUGGUUUUCAAGCAUCCAAAAUAGAUGUUUCUCUAUUCUUUUAUUCUAAGGAUUCUGCCUUAGUCUAUCUAUUGGUUUACGUGGAUGACAUUCUUUUAAUGGGAAGCGAUCAGGUUCUAGUUUCCCAUUUAAUAUCAAAACUAUCAAAUGCUUUAAAAAUCAGGGAUCUUGGUGAGCUAAAUUUGUUUAUGGGUAUUGAGACUGUUAAAUGCAAUGAUGGUAUUAUUUUAUCUCAGCAAAGGUAUAUGAAUGAUAUUCUUAAACGUGCUGGAAUGGCUGAGUGCAAACCUCUUUCUACUCCUAUCCCUGUUUUGAAACUUGAUCCAUUCAGUGUAGAUUCAUAUGAUGAUCCUACACAAUACAGGAGUCUUGCGGGGGUUUUACAAUAUCUCACAGUCACGCGCCCUGAUUUAUCCUUUGCAGUCAAUCAGCUCUGUCAACAUAUGCAUGCCCCCACCGUAUCACACUGGGAACAACUCAAGCGUGUGGUCAGGUAUGUCAAGGGCACUCUCGGCCUCGGGUUGCACAAUCGACAGUCCAGUUCAAAGGAAAUUCAUACCUUUUCUGAUUCGAAUUGGGCUGGUUGUCCAGAAGAUCGUAAGUCCACGAGUGGGUAUGCAGUGUUUUUGGGCACUAAUCUUAUAUCUUGGGUUUGCAAGAAACUGAGAACCGUUGCUAGAUCCUCCACUGAAGUUGAAUAUAAAGCUCUAGCUAAUGUUUGUGCUGAGAUUUUAUGGAUCAUGUCAUUAUUACGAGAGAUAUAG